AUGGGGAGACAAGGCCCCCCUGUUUCUACAAAACCUUGGCUAUUAGAUACCUCAGUAGAUAGGAAAACUGAUUACACCCUUCAAUUUCUAGUUACAAAUGUUCCUAUCUACAGCAUUGCUAAUGUUACUGGAGGAGGAUUGAGUUUGACAUUUAGGCGCUGGGCUACUAAAAAGACAGCAGGAUCCACAAAGAAUGGGCGAGACUUGAAACCAAAGAAUCUUGGGGUGAAGAAGUUUGGUGGAGAGAGAGUGAUUCUUGGAAAUAUCAUUGUUCGACAAAGAGGAACCCGCUUCCAACCAGGAAACUAUAUCAAAAUGGGGAAGGAUCACACCCUCUAUGCUAUGAAGGAAGGUUGUGUCAAGUUUGAACGGCAUAAGUUGAGUGGACGAAAGUGGGUGCGUGUUGAGCCCAAGGAAGGCCAUCUGCUCCACCCUGCCUACUCAAGUGUUGACGCAAUUCCUAAGCAGAAGACCACUGCUUAGGUAUCUACUUUUUUGUGUUAUCAUGUAAUGUUAAAUAUUUGAUGCUCUACUUUAGUGGCCUGAGCUUGUACAACUCAUGCUGCAUCUGAAUUUUUGUAGGCAAAUUGUGGUACUCAUCUAUUGGACUAAAAAAAAU